AUGACGACCCCGGUGGACGCAAAAGUCAUCGAGCAGCUGCGGGCUCAGGCGGAGCAAGACCCCGGGCUCCCGCGAGCCAACCCCACCCCGGCCUUCUGGCAGACGCCGCCCCACGGCUCCCUCUCCGACGCCCGGUCCGAGACGCUGCCCCGCCGCGCCGACUACGCCAUCAUCGGCUCCGGCGUGACCGGGUGCAGCGUGGCCCGGACCCUGCUCGAAGGCGCGCCGGAGGGGGAGCAGCCGGAGGGGGAGCCGUUCGUCGUGGCCGUGGCCGUGCUGGAGGCGCGCGCGCUGGCCAGCGGCGCCACGGGCCGCAACGGGGGCUUGCUGUCGUCGUUUGUGCCCGGCGACUACGAGCUGCUGGCGGAGCGCUUCGGCCACGCGCAGGCCGUCAAGAUUGCGCGCUUCGCCAACAGGACCCUGGAGAGGAUGCACCAGCUGGCCGGCUCGUCCGAGGAGCUGCGGCGGGCCAGCGACAUCCGGAGGACGUGCGACGUGGUCUGCCUGCAGGACGAGGAGGCGUGGCAGGGCGCGAGGCGGAGCUGGGAGUCGUACGCGGACAAGGUGCCCGAGGAGAGCGGCAAGGCCGAGUUUCUGACGCCCGAAGAGGCCAAGGAGCGAUACAAUGUCAACGCCAAAUGCGGCGCCAUGGUCCUCCCCAACGGCGCCUUCUGGCCCUACAGGCUCCUGACCGGGCUGUGGGAGCAGCUCCUCGGGCGGUUCGGCUCGCGGCUCACGGUCGACACCGGGACCCCCGUCACGGAGAUUUCCCACUGCGCCAGCACCGACCCCCGGUACCCGUACCUCGUGCACACGCCCCGCGGCGUCGUGCGGGCCAGGAAGAUCAUACACGCCACCAACGGGUACGCCGGCCACCUGCUCCCCCGGCUCCGGGGCAAGAUCUACCCCCUGCGGGGCACCAUGUCGGUGCAGAAGGCGCCGCCCUUGCUGGGCAACCGCGGCCGCACGCAGACGUGGAGCGUGGCCGGCGGAGGCGGCUACGACGAGCGCAGCGAGGUGGUGGAGCUGGGCCUCUACUACGCCAGCCAGAACCCCAGGACGGGCGACGUGCUGGUCGGCGGCGAGAAGGCCCACGUCGCGGAGCUGAUUGGCGCGGACGACACGCGGGUCGGGACGGCGGCCGGGGACAACCUGUCGACGCUGCUGCCGCGGCUGUUUGCCGGGGUGUGGGGGGACGAGCAGGAGCAGGGGCAGGGGCAGGGGCGGGGAGACGAGCAGGGGCGGGGAGACGAGCAGGGGCGGGGAGACGAGCAGGGGCGGGAGCGGGAGCGGGAGCGGGAGCGGGAGCGGGAGCGGGAGCCCGAGGUGAGGCAGAUGUGGACGGGCAUCAUGGGCUUCACGGCGGACCGGCUCCCGCUGGUGGGCAGCCUGCCGCGGGAGUUUACGGGGCGGGGCGAGGAGGGGGGCGAGUGGAUCGCGGCGGGGUUCAACGGCUACGGCAUGGCGCUGUGCUGGUCGAGCGGCGAGGCCGUGGCGAGGAAGCUGCUGGGCAUGGAGGCCGACUUUCUGCCCGAGGCGUGCGUGGCGUCGCGGGAGCGGCUGGGCGACGAGCGGCGGAUGGACGUGGCGGCGGCGCUGCGGGUGUUUCUGGGGGGGAAGCCGUAG